ACUUGAUUAAAUCGUCACCGUCCAAUCAUAAUACUAAUAAAUUCGAUCAAAUCACGAAUCAGAAUCAGUCGUCUUCAACCUCUGGAAUUUGAGAGAAAGCAAUAACCAGAUUCUCCGAAUUCGAGCCAGUUCUAAGAAUUUCAUUGUCUGAUUAAUGGCUUCCUCAAACGCCUACGCGCCGUCGGCGCCGGAGUUGCCAGAAUCGUUCGGGCAGCAUCAGUAUGAUGGCGAAAAUAGAUACAGUUACGCGUAUCCAUUAUAUCAACCAACUCAGCAAUUAAGCUCCUCCUCCGGGAUGUUUUCACCGGAAACGCAUCCGCAGAUUGUGAGGAGCUUUGAGUCGGCGGAUAGAGAUCGGAGCGGAUUUCUCGAAGAGUCGGAGCUCCGGCAAGCGUUGUCGUUAUCUGGUUACGAAGGAAUUAGUAACAGAACGAUUAGGUUUCUGCUGUUUAUUUACAAGAGUCCUGGAGAUUCUCUGCUUCGGCUUGGUCCUAAGGAGUAUGUUGAGUUGUGGAAUUGCCUUGCACAAUGGCGUGCAAUAUUUGACAGGUACGAUAGAGAUAGGACCGGAAAGAUCAAUGCUACCGAGCUCAGAGACGCUUUCUUUCAUCUGGGAUACAUGCUUCCAACCUCGGUUCUUCAGCUUAUCAUAUCUCAGUUUGAUGAUGGGACUGGCAAAACUGUUGACCUCUGUUUCGAUAGUUUCCUUGAAUGUGGGAUGAUUGUUAAGGGAUUGACUGAGAAGUUCAAAGAGAAUGACCCUGGUUACACAGGCUACGCAACGCUCUCUUACGAUGUUUUCAUGUUGAUGGUCAUUCCGUUCAUCGUCUCCUAUGAUUAAUGGUCACUUGCUAGUUGCUGCUUCUUUCUUUUUCUCAAUCUCAGCUUCAAGAUGUACAUGGAUAAUAGAUGUCUGAUUACUGA